AUGGAUCAGGGAAGUGAUGGGACUAAUAACGCCGCCAUGGGUGAGAAAAUAGCAGCAGCAGCAGCUGUUGCAGCCGUGGGCAUGGUGGGAUUGGUCGCCACUAGUAACACGACUGUGGAACGCACGCGAUUGGUGUCGUGCGAACCAGCAGCAGCAGCAGCACAACAGAGAACCAAAAUGUUGGGCACCUCCGCAACCAGCAUUUCCACAACGACGGGUGGUAGCAAAAGCAGCAGCAGCAGCAGCAGCAUUGAAGUUAGAACGACGGCUCCCACCAAAUCCAAAAUGCCCGUCUACACUAUGAAACAAGUCGCAGUGAACAAUGGAGAGAAUGGCAAACCAGUAUGGAUGACCCAUGGAGGCAACGUUUACGAUGUCACCAACUUUAUUGCCAAUCACCAAGGGGGUUCCGAAAAGAUUAUGCAAGCGGCAGGAUCGUCCGUCGAACCCUUUUGGCACGUGUAUCGACAGCAUUUCAACACGGAUUUGCCCAUGAAACUCAUGGAACAAAUGCGCAUUGGAGAGCUCUUGGACAAGGAUCAAGAAAAGGUGGAUUUGAAAAUGGAACUCCUCGAGGAAACCACGGCCGACCCGUAUGCACUCGAGCCACUGGAAGAACGCCACCCGGCCUUGAUUGUGCACGGCGAGCAGCUCAUGAAUGCCGAAGUUUCGGAACAUUUGCUCACUAAGGAUUAUUUGACCUCGCCCGAUUUGUUUUACAUUCGGCACCAUCACCCCAAGAAGACCAUUACCUUGGAGGACUUGAAAAAGAUAAAGAAGGUAAAAAUCACGGCCACUCUGCAAUGCAGUGGGAAUCGUCGGGGCGGUUACAACGACUUUGAACGCACGUCCGGGACCAGUUGGGGGCAGGGGGCCAUUUCUACGGCCAAAUGGGGCGGGGUCCGACUCCGUGAUUUGAUGAAGCACAUUGGACUCGAAGAUGAAAUGGACGCCCAAGAAAAUGGAAAGUUGGAACAUGUGCGAUUCCAUGCUUUGGACGGCAUGAUGGCGUCGAUUGGUAUUGAAAAGGCCAUGAAUCCAUAUGGGGAUGUCAUUGUCUGCUACGAAAUGAAUGGCAAGCCACUUCCAAGAGAUCAUGGAUAUCCAUUAAGAGUCAUUGUUCCAGGAUAUGCAGCCGUUCGCAAUGUCAAGUUGGUUCAAAAGAUUGAAUUGAGCCAAGAAGAAGCCGAAGGACCAUGGCAACGUGGACUCAACUACAAGGUAUUGCCACCUGAUGCCAGAGAUGCCAAGAGUGUCGAUCUUUCCAAGAUUCCUUCCAUGAUGGAAUUGAGUGUCCAAUCCGGAAUUACCAGCAUUGUUCCACAAAACAAGAGCGCCUCAUCGAAACCUGGGGACACCAUUAUGGUCAAGGCAUCCGGAUGGGCCUACUCUGGUGGGGGUCGAAACAUUGUGCGCGUCGACGUGACGGGCGACGGGGCGGAAUCCUGGAAAGCGGCGGAUCUCACAAGUGGACAAGAUCAAAAGCAGGGCCGCGCCUGGGCCUGGACCUUUUGGGAAUGCACCCUUCCUGCCAAGGUACAAGCCGAUGGGUCGGUGCAAGUUCACAGUAAGGGAGUCGAUUUGGCAUUCAACUCGCAACCGGACAGUGCCAAGCACAAUUGGAACGUCCGGGGAUUGACCAAUAACAGUUGGUACAGCAAGAAGAUUCCAGUGCAGUAA